UUUUUCUCCUCCUCCUCUUCGAAGAACCUUCAUCCUCUUCGGUGUCCGUUUUCUCUUUGAAUCGAUCGCCUCGAAGAACUAAUCAAACCUCACCAAACCCUAGAAGAAGACGACGACGAAGACGAAGACGAAGAAGACGACCAUGGACCUGAUCAUGGAGGAGGUAUAACAAACCCUUGACAGAGCCCUCGAGGAUUUGAUAUUCAGAUCGUGGAACAGUGAGAAUCGAGGAGCUUGAAUUCGAUCCGUCGCGCUCCUGAGCCAUGAGACCGAUGCAAUCACCUCCUGAACUAUCCGCGCCUUCUCGGAGCCGUCCCCGUAAGCGACCGGACCUGACCUUACCGCUCCCUCAGCGCGAUGUAUCCCUCGCUGUGCCUCUCCCUCUCCCGCCGACGUCCGGCGGCCAUGCGUCAUCGACGCCGGACACCUGCAACAACAGCUCCGCCGCCAGGAGCUUGUCGGAGCUGGAGCGUGUGAACCGGAUCGGCAGCGGCGCGGGCGGGACGGUUUACAAGGUGAUCCACAGGCCGACGUCGAAACUGUACGCACUGAAGGUGAUCUAUGGGAACCACGAUGACAUGGUCCGUCGUCAGAUCUGUAGGGAGAUCGAGAUCCUUCGCGGUGUGGACCACCCAAACGUGGUGAAAUGCCAUCAAAUGUUCGACCACAACGGCGAGAUCCAGGUUCUGCUUGAGUUCAUGGACAAAGGGUCUCUAGAAGGAGUCCAUGUGUGGCAGGAGCAGCAGCUCGCGGACCUUUCCCGGCAGGUUCUCUUAGUGAAUUUUUUAUAUAUUUCACAACUAUAUAAUAUAAUUAUAAUCAUCACGUAUCUCCUCAUAAACUCCGCCAAAAACGUGAAGAUCGCUGACUUCGGAGUGAGCCGGAUCCUUUCCCAGACCAUGGAUCCGUGCAAUUCAUCGGUGGGAACCAUCGCGUACAUGAGCCCCGAGCGGAUUAACACCGACCUGAAUCAUGGGCAGUACGACGGCUACGCGGGGGAUAUAUGGAGCUUGGGCGUGAGCAUCCUUGAGUUCUACUUGGGGAGAUUUCCCUUCGCUGUGAGCCGACAAGGUGACUGGGCAAGCCUCAUGUGCGCCAUUUGCAUGUCUCAGCCGCCGGAGGCUCCUCCGUCGGCGUCGGUGGAGUUCCGAUACUUCAUCUCGUGUUGCCUGCAGAGAGAACCGGCGAAGAGGUGGAGUACGCAGCAGCUCUUGCAGCAUCCCUUCAUACUGAGAGCAAGCAGAGCCCAAAACCAGCCUCUUCCGAAUCUUCAUCAGCUCUUGCCACCCCCUCGUCCUCUGUCUUCUUCCUCAUCCCCGGCAUCGUAGUGUUUCGUCCCUUACCUUUUCUUACCUCAAAAUCGUUACUUUCCUUGUUCUUGUCUAUCUUUCUUAUUCCUGACAAUUUUUGCGCGCAUUUUCCAUACCCAACCAAAAAAAAAAGUAUUGAAGAUGGGGGAAGAAUUGUGAUGAAGGGUCUGAUCCAUAGGGAGUAAAAACAUGGUGGAAGAGGAGAUAGUAGGGGGGGAUCUCAUGUUUUAGGGUUUAUUGAUACUUCUUAAGAGCUACUGAGCUACAUCAGUUUAUCAAACCUCAAUUUGCCCUUUGGUAAUGUUUUGUUAGAAAGGGAAAGGACAACAAAGAAUCCUUCUUACUUAUUGAUGGAAAUGUCUUUGCCUGGAUCUGAUACAGCUUGAUUGUUUAUACCAGGAAAUGCUGGAUGAUC